UGGUGACAAAGAAAGUCAGUCAGACACCAAGUCCCACCUUCUGAGAUUGGCGGGUAACCUAGCAACCAGGGACAGCUGAGGUAACUGCGGGUAGAGAAACCUGGAGCCCUCAGGACAGGGUUGCUGAGACAAUAAAAGACAAUCCCCAGAUAGUCUAUCAAAGUCCCAAUCUCAAGGGCCUACAGAGGCAAAGAAGGCUGCCACAAAAUGGCUUUGGACAUUCUUGCUGUGGCCCCUUUCUACCAGAGCCCCGCCAUAAACAAAAUGGGGUUAAAGACAGGCCUGUUCAAAAAGCCAGAAGACCUGCUAAAACCCUUGGUCCCCUCUAAGACCAAACUCACCACCAUUGAGGCCAAGAGGAUCAUGUCCGUCCUGGAGGAGGCCAUCUACAAGGUGGAGUUGGUGACAAUGCUGUCAUAUGUUGCCUCCAACCCAGAGGAUGUGGAGAAAGUUCUGGGGGAGGACAUCCUGAGGGCAGUGAGAGAGCAUGAGGACCUCUGCCAGGACCUUUUGGAAAACGUCAGGGGCCUAAAGGAGAAAGAAAGAAAGGUGCAGGAGGAGGAAGAUAUGGAGGAGGAAGCAUGGAUCAGAAGCCGUCUUCUCUCCAUAGAGCUGCAGAAAUCCAACCUCCUGCCACUUAUACAAAAUAUCAAGGACUCCACCAAGAACAUCCUGCGACUCCUUCUCGGUAACCCCCAGGCUGCCAGAUUCCUGCAGAUGCAGGCACUGGGCAGAAGCGCAGAAGCCAAGAAGUUUAUCGAUAGCCUGAUGGAACUCCAGUGUUUCCUGUUUGAGAAGUUACUCACUAGCCCCAUGGAAGCUCGGGAGAGGGCCCAGUUCAUACAGGAUAUCAACAGACGAAACCAGAGGAACCAAGAAAUCAUCAGUGCUCUUGAAAAUGAAUUGGCAGCAAGAAUGAAGAACAGGGAUGCAGAGCUGAAGAAGGAGAAUUUUGUGAUCCAAGAGCUGAAAAACCACCUGCAUCAGGUGCUCAAGUUCUCAGAGAACAGCGUCCUCCGAACCAAACAGGAGGCUGAGAAGCAGCAGAAGGCAGACUUCCGGGCCUCACAAGCCAGGAUUGCCAAGAUCCAGAAGGAGAUCCUGAUGUUGAGGUCACAGUUCCACAACCUGGUCACAGAGAAUCGGGAGGCGGAGCAGGCUCUGAGGAAGAAGAAAUACAAAGUAGAGACAGAGAUCGAGAACUGGAUCCAGAAAUAUGAUAUGGAGAUGGGUGAAAAGCAGGAGGAGUAUGAGGAGCUGGACCUCAUCCACAAGGAGGAGAAGGUGCAGCUGGAGGAGCUGAAGCAGAGGCACGAUGUGCUGGUGGAAGAGUUUGCGCAGAUCCAGGAAGAGCGGGAGAUCAACUCCAAGAAACGGAUGGAGGCCGAGCAGGAGAUGGUGCGCAUGGUGCGUGCUGCCACUCUCAUCCAGGCUGUGUGGAAGGGCUACCUGGUGCGCUCCCUGCUCAGAUCCAAGAAGAAGAAGAGGGGCAAGGGCAAGGGGAAGGACAAGGAGAAGGGGAAGGACAAGGAGAAGGGCAAGGGCAAGGAGAAGGGCAAGGGCAAGGAGAAGGGGAAGGACAAGGAGAAGGGCAAGGGCAAGGGCAAGGAGAAGGGGAAAGACAAAGAGAAGGGGAAGGGGAAGGGCAAGAAAUGAGCCUCCACCUGGAGCCCUGCUCUUCACCCCAGCACUCACUGUGCCUUCAUCCUCCCAGGGAUCAGGCCAGAAUGGAUGGCCCUGCCAUUCAUGGCUUUAACUAUCUUUUUAAAUUUGAAAACAUUUUAAAUCACAUUAAAGGGAAUAGCCUACAAGUAAACCUCACUUUACCCAAGGCUGUUGACUGUGUGUGUCCACUCGGGUAGAUCCUGUUUCCACAAAGAGUGUGCAGGCCAGGAUGUCAGCCCAAGAUAACCAUUUCUUACUUCCACCUCUGUGGGGUAACCAGACCCCAGAUGCAGCCCUCUCCAUCCCAGCCCAGAAUCAGCCAUGGCUGUGACGGACACACUACCCACCUGGGUGGCAGGUAUGGGUCACAGCUGAGGAGGAGGCUGCCCACUGCCCUGCUCUGGGAUUAUCAACUUGCCAGGAGCUCUUCCCGCCUCCAGCAUGGUGAGCGCUCAGGAAUCAUUCCCAGGUCACGGGGGUCAGCAGCCUCACACUGGCUUUACUUGUUGCCCAGGGAUUUUAAUUAGUUACUGAUAUUUAAAAAAUCAGGUGCUAUCACAUAUCCAGCUUUCUGUCUUUUCUGGAAAAAUCUCAUCAUCUACAUG